AUUUGCUAAUAUGAACUCACACCAGACCCCGCCGCCCCCACCUCUGCCCCCGGGAGACGAUCUUCGCCCCCGCUAUACAAGGCCUGAACAAGUUGAUCUAUGUUAUCGCGCCGCUCGUGAUGGAAAUUUUGAUGGUGUCAAAGAACAGGUCCGGCAGCUUUUCCACAACCCCGAGGUGGCAUAUGUGGGGGAGAAACCGCAUCCAGGGUGGCUGUAUGAUUCGCUUCUCGAAGCAAUUCAGCGGAACAAUGUCGAAAUGGUGCAGUUUCUGCUUGAUGAAGACGUUACAGACGGUUAUCUUCCAGUCGAGCCGGCUGUGCGUGCGCGAGCAUUCGAGGUACUGGAAUUGUUCCUUCGCAAUGGAUUGGACAUCAACCAGCCGCUCAGGCCAAACGAGCCUCCUGUGUUGAGUAUCCCUAUCUGUACCUCUGAUAAGGAGAUGGUCACAUGGUUGCUUGACUACGGUGCCGAUCCGAACAGCUGCUGCGAUUGGGACUUUACACCUGCAUUAUUGGCCAUGUAUAUAGCUUCUAUCGAAAUCAUCGACUUACUUUUUCAGCGAGGAGCGGAUCCACACUACGGAGAACUUCUCCAAUGGGCUGUUAUAAGAAACAAACCAAACGGUCUAGAUGUAGUCCGCCAGAUUAUAGAGAAAGGUGCACCAAUUGACGAGAUCAAAUACGCAAACGAUCCGAAGUCAUACUAUCAGCCUGCAGAGGACGGGAAGGUAGACAUUGUUGAGUACUUGUUGAAGAUGGGCGCCGACCCCCUGAAGUUGGAUAGCAAAGGGCGAACGCCACACCUUGGCUCCUCCUUAUGGUUCGAACGUGAUGGGUUGGAUAUAUCCAUCCAAUUGCCUCUACAUUGCUGGUAG